AUCAACUUUGGCGAGGAGCAGAGCGUGGAUUUCGAAGGGAGCGGCGACCAGCUACAGAUUUUUGGCGUGCAGCAGUAUGAUCCUAACGCGCUGAACGUGUCACAAACAGAAGGCUUCUUCAGUAACAACGAAUCACAGUCUGGUGAAAGCUAUGGCUUUAUGACACUGAAUGAUGGGGGCGACCAGUCAUCAUCUCAAGGUGACUUUUUCAGUCAGUUUGGAAAAGCAACCACACCAUCAGGAGGAGAAGGUGGUGGUUUUCUCUUCUAAGAAACGCUGGUAUAUAUCACCCUGGAUACAAACAUGGUAUAUGGUAUAUGGUAUUAUAUUACUACUGUGUCGACUGUAAAGAUAAGAGUAUGCAACCUGACGUCAAAACCAUGCGGGAUAAUAAAUUUUGUCGAAAGCUAAAUGUGAUGGUGAUUUGAUGGUGAUAAUACAGCUGUAAUUAUGAUGAUGAUAAUGAUGAUGAUGAUAGUAUAAAAAAUAUAAUUCACCCGUGUAUAUACUAAAAUACACACAUCAUAUGAACCAUACGCGAAGAGAUGUAGGCACAGAACCAGAUGCGAGAACAGUGUGGCGCCAAUGCUGGUUAAUGACGACUCGACCCCCAUCCACAUUGGCAAUUAGCUCCAGUCUGAGGCCAGGGAACCAGCAGCUCGUGAGAAAAUCGAGAUUGUGCGUUGCAAACUCCAGGACGCUCGGGCAAACCUGUGCGAGCGAAUCUUCGGAGAACGGGAGACGAAGUUCGCGUUUCGUAUUCAGCUUUGUCGAGAUCUCGAUGAGCGUGCUGAUAUUGUCGGACUGUAAGUAUUCCACGUCUUCUCCCAUGAUGUGUUGUAUGUGGGAGCAUAUGGGGGAGGGAGGGUAGGAUUUGAGAGAAACGCCCGCACAUGCGGGACACACUUGCUCGUGGUUUGACUGAACGUGAAUCGAUAUCGAUGUUUGGUGUUUCGACACAACGAGAUGGUGUCGAGGACCGAGCCUCAGGUGUGCCGAGCAGUAAAACAGCUUCGGGACAUACCGGCCGCUUCGUAUGCACCGUACGACAAACUGGUUGUACACUGCGAUUGGAAACGCCGCCGACCCGCUGGAAAAGUGCAAAACUGCCACCGAGGCGGAGGGAUUGCCCGUGCCCAUCGCUCCAAGGGUGAGCAGCGAGUCUGUCAACGGUUGGGUCACGAGGCAGGGGAUGUAGAGCGAUGCAGAUUCGUGGCACGACGGAUGGCAGCAGAUGAGGUCCAUGCAGUUGAGAAUGAAGAGCGUCUCACUCCAGUACCUCUGGUGCAUCCGUCCGCAGCGAUAUGCGAGCAGGAGCAUCUCCUUCGUGAUGAUGCCCUCUUGUGACAACUUUGUGAAAGCCACCUGUACUUCAG